UCUUCCUUUAUUCUGACGUUGGGAUCACUUGGAAGACUGCCAAGUUGCGGCAGGGGGAGGCCCUGUAGGCAGCAAGGAGAUGUCCAUAUCUUUAUUUGUUGCAGGAGUUUUCUAAAAAGAAUGUUGAAGCCUUUGAUUACAUUUUUGUUCUGAUUUCUGGAAUCCAGCUUAGCUCUCUGAACAACGAACAGACCUUCCCCUUUUCAGCUUCCAAGAUGCCAGUAUUCAUUCUCCUGAGCCUCCUUCUCCGUGAUGUUGUGUCUGGUAGUCCAGCCCAGGCAGGUUCCUCGUCUUACUCGGGAGAAUAUGGCGGCAGCAGUGGGGAACAUUUUGACCAGUCCAGGAAUCAGCUGGAUGGCCCCAUAACAGCUCUGCGGAUACAGGCAAACAACAAGUAUAUACUGAGCAUCCAGGUUCGCUAUGGCGGCCUGUGGUCCAGGAUUGAAGGGAACCCCUCAGGGAGCCAAUCUGUGAUGCCGCUCUUUCCUGGAGAAGGCAUCGUGCAAGUCUUGGGCCGCUUCGGAAGCUUUGUGGAGUAUAUUGCCUUCCGCACCAACCUCGGCCGUGUCUUUGACUACGGGGCUGGCUCCGGUUUGGGGGUCCCCUUCGACGCUGAGCCUUUGUUCCCAAACACCGUCCUGCGCUACAUCAGCGGCCGCUCGGGGCCUUUGGUCAGCGCUGUCGGCUUCCACUGGGACAAAGAAGAAGGAAUUGGAGGGUGGGAUCAAUCCACUGGCUCUCCACACACCAAGAAUAACAGCCCAUAGGACAGAACUCUGAUCCAUCUGCCUUCAACGUCUCUGUGGAUAUCAAUAAAAGCAGCCGAGGGAUUAUGGGAGAAGGUAAAGCUGGAAGUCAAGAGAAUUGGAAGUGAAGUGGCAGGGAGGUUCAUGCUAUAUCUAUCUAUAUAAAUGUAGAACACAUCAACCAAAAAGGAAGAAGGAAAGAGAGGUA